CGCCGCCGCGUCGCCCGCGAGGGUCGCCAGCUCCAUCCGGGGCUACCUCACGCACAAGGUCGGCUCCUUGCAGCUGCGCGAUACAGGUUCCGAACUCCCAAUCGAGGGUCACGCUGAGGGACGACGCGUUAAUGUGUAAGCGACGCGCGCACGCUUUGAAGAUGAACACAGGAUCUCAUAAAUAGAUUACGUAACCGAGACUCUAACACAGCAAGAUGGCGGAAGGACCACAGACGAUAUGGCAGAAGAUCGACAACGCCGUCAUCCCCAUGGUGAACCUGGAGGUGCGCGAGGUGCGCGAGAUCGUGUGGGAGAAGGCCAAGGAGCCCACCUCGCAGCGCAAGAUCAUCCUGGUCAUCGUGUCCAUAGCGCUUCUGCUCGACAACAUGCUGUACAUGGUGAUCGUUCCCAUCAUCCCCGACUACCUGCGCUACAUUGGCGCGUGGGGCGAGGCCGGAUACGACCACGUCGUCACGCUGGCGCCCUACAAGGAGGGCAAUAGGACCAUUACACCGACCAAAAUCAUUCCAGCAUCGCACGAGGGCCAGGACUCUGCGACCGGAGUUCUUUUUGCAUCGAAAGCCAUCGUACAACUCAUGAUCAACCCAUUCUCUGGUGCCUUAAUUGACCGCAUCGGGUACGACGUGCCCAUGAUGAUCGGGCUUAUCAUAAUGUUCCUCUCUACAUCGAUUUUUGCAUGCGGCAGGAGUUACGGCAUGCUCUUCUUUGCCAGAAGUUUACAGGGCGUUGGUUCUGCCUUCGCUGACACGUCAGGGCUUGCAAUGAUAGCUGACAGAUUUACUGAAGAAAAUGAAAGAUCCAAGGCUCUUGGCAUCGCACUGGCCUUCAUCAGUUUCGGCUGCCUGGUAGCUCCCCCGUUCGGUGGUGCGUUAUAUCAAUUUGCAGGUAAAGAGGUACCGUUUUUGAUUCUCGCGUUGAUAUCAUUAAUGGACGGGUUUAUGCUUCUGCUUGUAAUGAAACCCUUGAAGACGCAGAUAAAGGAAUCCAGAGAGCCUAAACCACCAAGUACUCCAAUCUGGAGGCUUUUAAUAGACCCCUACAUUGCCGUCUGCGCGGGAGCGUUGAUGAUGUCUAAUGUUGCGCUGGCCUUCCUAGAACCAACGAUCUCACUCUGGAUGGAAGACAACUUGACCAAAGAUAACUGGAAGAUAGGUAUGAUUUGGUUGCCAGCGUUUUUCCCUCACGUGUUGGGUGUGAUCAUCACCGUUAAGAUGGCCAGAAAGUACCCUCAGCAGCAGUGGCUAAUGGCCGCCGGAGGGCUUGCACUAGAAGGUUUGUGCUGUUUCCUCAUACCUUUUGCGAAUUCAUACAAAAUGUUAAUGAUUCCUAUCUGCGGCAUAUGUUUUGGAAUGGCCCUCAUCGACACAGCCUUGUUGCCCACUCUGGGUUACUUAGUAGACGUACGGUAUUCCUCGGUCUACGGGAGUAUCUACGCUAUAGCCGACAUUUCGUACUCCUUCGCCUACGCCGUUGGCCCGAUCAUUGCUGGAGAGGUCGUCGAAGUGAUAGGCUUCACUGCCUUGAACCUGUUCAUUGCUUUUAGCAAUCUGCUGUACGCCCCUGUACUAAUGUACCUUCGGCAUAUCUAUGACUUCAAGCCAUUCGAAAAUGAAGCAAACAUCUUAAUGGCUGACCCUCCAGAUAAGGAGUAUCAAACGUACAGCCUGCAGGACCAGAAGCCCGUGAACGGAGAGUUCAAAAAUCACUUGGAGUACUCGAACGUAUCCGGGCAAGUGGCUGACACUCAGGAGUCGAAUGUCGAUUCAAGCGCUGGUUACAACUAUGAUCAAUCAUACCAAGGAGGGUAUCAGAACUACAGCCAGGGCUACGAGCAGCAGCAGCAGCAGCCGGCGCAGAGCUACCAGCAGGAGUACCAGGAGCAGUACGGGCAGACGCGCCAGCUGCCCGCGCAGCCGGCGCCCGCCAGCAACCCGUUCCGCGCGGUGGCCGCGCCCGCCCCCGCCGCCCCCGCGCCCGCCCCCACGCCCGCGCCUCAGCCCGCCAUCAAGAACCCCUUCCGGCAAGGCUUCUAAUUCGCUCCAAAUUAAUGUUGUUGUCGAUAUUUUUGAAUUUACUUGUUGUGUAAUUAUAAAUGUCCUAUUUGGGUAGACGUCAGCUGUAUGUUAGACUUGCUUGCGAUGAUACCUUUACUUAUACU